AUGGCGCCCCGUGCGUCCCCCGCGCAGUUCAAGGUCACCUGUACCGAAUGCAUAACCAGAAAGCCACAACAUCGUCGAACCAAAGAGUGCGACCGAGAUCCCGCCAUCAACCCGUGGCCCAAACGGAGCGAUGACUUGAAAUGCGAUUUCUGUGAGAAAUCGCAUGAACCAUCUGAAUGCCCGAAACAUAAAGCAAACAAAGCAGAGUUCAAUACCUGUGGGCAAUGCGGUCAUGGGUGGCAUUCCAAGGCGGAGUGCAAUUUGGAUGCAAAUAUUCCCCAUUUACUGGAGCAAUAUGUUCCAAGUAAAUACAUUGUUGCAAUGAAGACGCAGGAUCGUCGACAGAAGCAUCUCCAGGCACAAUCUUCGUCGUCUCAACAAUCUGCAGCUGGCCCUUCGGGCAAUUCUGCAAGUCAUGUAACUCAAUCUUCAUCGGGAUUGAAUCCUGAUCCUCGUGAAGCGCAAAAGCGAAUCCUAGAUGAGCGCAGAGAGAAGAAGCAAAAAGAUCGCGAGAGCUGGGCCGAAUCUGGGCUGGGCAUAACCGGAUUUUCCAGUGAAGCUGCGCAGACAGGACCCCUAGAUAUCAAAGCCAAUUUCUAUGGAGUAACUAUGCUCGACAAGAACGUUGAUCUUCGAAGAUAUCAUGUCAAGUUCGGCACCAUCGAUGGUCGCAAAGUAGCCAAAGCGGACGUCAAACGGACCUUGAUUGCAGGCAUGAUGUUGAAACACCAGCCAAGCGCAGCUUACUACGCCACUGAUUAUUCUCUGCAUAUCAUUUCGGUGGGAAGGCUGUACGACGAUUGCAGUGAUGUAGAAGGUACGAUUGUCGAUCGAAGCUAUGAUCUCACUCGACGACACGAUGCCCCUGAAGGAGAUGCUCAGCAGAUAACCAUCUCAAUUUGUUACGACGGCAAAGUUCGAAUGAGGGAGCUGGAAAGAUAUGUUAAGCAGGAGAACGGCGAUCAAAGAUAUCUUCCCGAUGAAGAUCUCAAAGCGCUGAACAUUGUGUCAUGGAAGUCGAUCUACGAGUCAGAUAGUUUUGGCAGAGUCGGGAACAAAUUUUACCCCAAUGCUAAGGAAUAUUGGAUAGAACAUGAAACAGGCUCUUCUCCUAAGAAUGUCGUUGUUCAAGGUAGACUCCUCUACACGAUCAGGACCGGUUUCUUCACUUCUAUGCGGCCGGGUGUUGGUCAGCUUCUUCUAAAUGUAAACGCGACAGCUACUGCAUUCUUUCCUACCAUCCUUGUUGAAACGUGGAUCCGCAACUACCUGGGUGGAGACUUGAGAUAUAGCAAAAUAACUACUUUUUUGCGGGGGUGGAGAAAGAGCGGGUUGAAAGGAUUGAAAGUCACGUUCAAUCACGAUCGUAUCAGUCCUCCGAAAAAAUGGCAAAUUUGCGAUAUCAGCCAUCUCACUGCUAAGAAUCAAAUGUUCACACCGAAGGUUAAGGACAAAGAGCCUUCGAAGUCGGCGAUAAGCGUAUGGGAUCAUACUAGGAAAGCGUAUGGAGCCAUAUCUGACAAAGAUGCAUUCUGUAUCAAUGUUGGCAGUAUGACCAACGCGAUCUGGUAUCCUGCUGACUUGCUCACAAUCGUGGAUUGGCAGGUUGUCAGCAAUAAUAAAGAUAGUAAUCUAACCCAAUCCAUGGUGAGAACGGCGGAGAGGACACCCGAUGUCAAUCAAGCGAUUAUUAGCAAAGGAGCGUUAAGAACCCUUGGAAUAAUCCCAACGGCAGAGAGACAGCAUUAUGAGGAAUUUGGUUUAAAAAUUUCAUCACACCUCACCGAGAUUCGGCAACUUCGUACUCUGCCACAACCUAGAUUGGAGUUUGGGCUUAAUACCAAAAUUGCCUGCGGGCUAUCCUCCAAACCCGCCAGCUGGAAAAUCGAGAAGGCUCAACAAAACGGGUUCUAUCAUGUAGAGAUUUCUUAUCUAACUCUUCACAUCAUCAAGAUUGGAAACCACGUGAGACAAAUCAGAGGUCAAGACGUUGACCAUAGUAUUGGCUUUGGGGACAAGCUUUGGCCUGUCCUUGUCAAAUAUGGUCUCAUGACUCGAAGAGCAAUACUUGAAAAUGUUCCAUUCGCCCCCUUUAAUUCGACCAAUACGCAAAUUACAGCUAGUACCCGACGUGCCAAUGUCGACAGUGCCCUCACAAGUGCUACCAUACACUUGAAGGAGAACAUAUACAAUGAAGGCAACGAGACACCAUCACUAAUUGUUGUGCUACUUCCCAACAGAAGAAAAGAAAAUCAGCAAACAUACGCAGACGUCAAGUGGUGGGGAGACUGCAAAGCCGGCAUACCUACAGUCUGUGUCAGCUGGGAUGGAAGCUCCAAGGUUGCCGAUGGUGAUCAGCAGACUAUGGGAAACAUUGCCUUGAAGAUUAAUUUCAAGCUGGGAAACAUCGGUCAUCGCAUUGCUGACGAUGCACGACUAGGCAUGCAACCUGGGGGUACCAUGAUCAUGGGCGCAGAUGUGACUCAUCCUGGUAGAUGUGGUGAUGAAGGGUGUCCGUCAAUGGCUGGUGUUGUGGCUACUUGCGACUCGAACUACAUGCACUAUCUUGCUUCCGCACGUCUCCAAGAUAGUAACACGGAGUUUAUUGCCGGUCUUGAAGGCAUGGUCGUGGAACGCCUCAAAGCGUACUAUAAAUGGAGUAAUAGUACUCUCCCAGCCAAUAUUCUCUUCUGUCGGGAUGGUGUAAGCGAAUCUCAAUUCGGUAUGGUCUACAAGGAAGAAUAUCCUCAGAUACGCAAGGCCUGUGAGAUCUUUCGCGAUGAGUUGCGCGAGGAAGUUAGAGACGCUGAUUGGAGUCCCAAGAUUACCGUUCUGGUGGUGGGCAAACGACAUCAUGCAAGAUUCUUCCCCUGGGAUCCUACAGCAACGGACAAUCUGAGAGCUGGCUUGGUGGUCGAUCAUACAGUGGUUCAUCUAAAACAACCCAGUUUCUACCUUCAGAGUCAUGAUUGUCCCCUGGGAACGGCCAGGACAGCUCACUAUGUCGUGAUCGUCAAUGAGAAUAGGUACAGGCUAAAAGAGCUUGAGGAAAUUACGAACAAGCAUUGUUUCACUGGCUCUCGCGCAACGAAGGGUCUGUCGGUCUGCACACCAGCUCGAUAUGCCGAUAUCCUUUGCGACAGACUUCGCUGCUACAUGUAUCCCAUUCUUAAUGAGGGGAUGAGUGUUUCGGGUAAUAUGCUAGCAUCGAUGGAUGAGAAUCAUCUGAAUAGGUAUCGGCAAAGUGGGACUAUUUGGGUAGGUACUGAGAAAGACUUGUCUACGGAGGAGACGAAACUCCUUUCCGGUAAUCCGUGGCAGAGUAAUGUUAAUGAUACUAUGUUUUAUCUUUGA